CAGAACAGCUCUGUAAAUUCAGCAGUAAGUUUUCAAAGGAGGAUCCAGAAAUAAAAUACACACCUCUAGUAACUGCAUGGAGUGUGAUGGGAAGAUUACCAAGUACUUAUAUAUAAUUCUAGUUACUAUAUCCAAAGGAUGAUAUGGAGCAAUCAUUUGUAUUUAUGCUGCUAUUAAGGUUGCUGUCCUGCAUGGGCAGAACUGAGCAGCCAAACCAGUCCCUUUGUCCCAGUCAUGUUGAAGUGGUAGGUUUCUACAAACACACUUUUAUAUUUAGUUAUGCCUGCUGUAGCCUCAUCAAAUGUUAGCACUCACCAUUUCAGUUACUUCCACUGACAAAGACUUUGAGCUGUUUAAUGCACCUGAUGCUGAUCAUUCCUGCCUGGAGUCAUGGUGAAAUGCAUUCACUAGUCACUGCUUUAUUAACUCCUGAGGCAUUUUACUAGAGGCAUUCAAUGGGCAGAACAUCUUUCUUUUUGAGAUUAGAAAUGAUGUGAAAUACUUAUGAGUUAUUAACUUUUUAGCUUUAAAUCCAUUUGCUCUGACUUUCUAGAGAUUUGCUUCAGGGUUGGAGAAGAAUGUUUCCAGGUGAGACUGAUUUGGUUCAGCUAGUUGAGACAGAUGCAGCUCAUUUGGGGGUGGGAGGGAGAAUGGUGAAGGGAGGAUAAAAGGCUUUGGAAGGCACUGUAGAGUCCUUUCUGUUGGGGAAAUUUUUCUAGUCUUCUGUCUUAUUAACUGCCUCUGGUUUUCUCCAUCUUAUUAUGCCAUCACCUAUUCCUCUUAAUUGUUUUCUUUCUUUUGAGUAUUCCCCAUCUGCAGAUUUGCGCCCCUGCAGCAGCCCUUUAGUUAUCCCUGGCAAAGACAGCAAAAGCUUUUUGGGGGGAACUCCUGCAGUCAGGACUCGCCGCUUGCCUCCACGCCUGGCCUGGUGCUCCAUUGACUGGGAGCAACUCUGCCUCCUGCAGCCCAUAGGUUCUGGGGGCUUUGGUUCUGUCUACAAAGCUACCUACCAUGGUACAACCGUGGCUGUAAAGCAGGUGAAGAAAAGCAGCAAAAACCGGCUGGCAUCGCGACAGAGCUUCUGGGCUGAGCUGAACGUAGCCUGGCUGCAGCAUGAUAAUGUGGUACGUGUGGUGGCCGCCAGCACGUGUGCCCCAGCCAGCGAGAACAGCCUGGGCACCAUCAUUAUGGAGUAUGUGGGCAGCAUCACCCUGCACCAUGUGAUUUAUGGCACUGGUGAUACGUGGAGACAGGGGGAGGAUGAUGAAGGAGGAUGUGGAAGGAAGGCCCUGAGCAUGGAAGAGACUGUGUGCUAUUCUUGUGACAUCAUGACUGGCUUAGCCUUUCUCCACUCACAGGACAUUGUGCACUUGGACCUGAAGCCUGCAAACAUCUUUAUCACUGAGCAGGGAGUGUGCAAGAUUGGAGACUUUGGGUGCUCCCAGAAACUGGAGGAGGGCUUGUCCCACAGCCCCCAUGUUUGCCAGCAAGGGGGCACAUACACACACCGUGCCCCUGAGCUCCUCAAGGGGGAGAGGGUCACUGCCAAAGCAGACAUCUACUCGUUUGCCAUCACGCUCUGGCAAAUUGUCAUGCGGGAGCAGCCCUACCUGGGAGAGCGGCAGCACGUGCUCUAUGCUGUGGUAGCCUACAACUUACGCCCUUCACUGGCUGCUGCUAUUUUCCACGAGUCACCACUGGGCCAGAAACUCCAAAGUAUUAUUAGCUGCUGCUGGAAGGCCAAUGUAGAGGAGCGCCUGAGUGCAGCCCAGCUGCUUCCCAGCCUCAGAGCCCUCAAACAGAGUCUCUAGGAAAACUUGGGACACUUUAAAUUUAUUUUGUCAACUUUUCCUUAACCCUUUCUCUGAACAUAAUUAAUUUAGCCCCUGUGUGUUCUAAAGGUUUUGUUGCUGUUUUUUUAUACUAAAAAAAAAACACACCAAACUGUUUUGAUAUAAGAAGACUAUAAAUAAAGAGAUUUAAUAAAACUGUGGGCUCUUACCUUGGGAGGGAAUAGACACAAGGAUCAAGACACUGGCAGAUAAAACUUUUUCAGGCUGAUCUGUUGUGUGCUGUCUUGCUCAGGGAGAAACUAGGGAAUGUGAUGUGCAAAAAAAAUAGUUGGUUUUAAGUAAGUGAAGUACAAAAAAAGGGGCUAAGGAGCUGCUUUUGGAAGGUUCUUUAUACCUAAUACCUUUUGGUAUUUUCAAAAUGUCAGAUAUGAGUAGUUCUUCACUAGCUUGGGUUGUGCAUUUGAGCUUUUCUUCUCCAUUUACCAAGGAAUGAGUGUGUAUCGCAAAUCAGUGAAUGCAGAAAAAUAAAUACAAAGUGUCAGUGGGGUUUUUUUCCCUUGUUCUUGGAUGUACUUAAUUCCAGUAAGUAUGCUGCUUUUGAUAUGGAAAAUGUGAACUGAUGAUAUACAUCUUGAAAUAAGGAAACUUUUUGCCAGUCUAAGGCUAUUAAGAGUAAGAAGAUACAUUAACAACCUGUACUUUUAUAAGACCUCCCUGCUACGAGGGAAGUGUUAGUUGCAACUUGCUAGCUGGAACACUGCAAACUUUAAUAUCUGAAGCAUUAUAAGAGCAUCUUGUGCAGAGCAGAAAGUUACCAAGUUUUUGAGGUACAGGGUGAGUUAGAAAAAUAAAAAAAUUGGGGAAAAAAUUAUUGGUAAAAGGAGGAUUAUUUGUGCUUCAUAAUGCAUGGGUCAGUAUUAGAC